AAAAAAGGAAGGGAGCUUUAAUGACCCUUUUUGCUUGCUUACCGCUUUAAGCAAACAACAUUGCUUAAGCAAGUCUGAGAAAUGAAAACAAUUGCUAGGUGCGCCCGUUUAGCACACAAUCGACCGUUGCGCAGCUCUAUGAAAUUGGGCACAUGGUGAGCAACCAGGUGUACUGGCCCGGCUUCAAGACGUUCCCUUUAGGUCCAUUGUUGUUCUGUCCACAUCCAGGGCUCCCUUCCUGGAACCAAAAAAAUAGACACACCUUAAGCUGGGAUUCCCAAGAGUAAUUAAUCCUUUUAAAUUGUCCAUUAUACCCACCGGGAAGUAUGGCCAGGGAGAUGGCUCAGGCCAUUUCGCUUCCAUAACUUUAUACCAGCAGCUCGAGACCGGACAGGAAACGGGUCUGGAAGAAACUGCCAGGUGGAAUAGACAUUACGAGCUUAUCAAUUUGUGCGUGUGCAUAGGCUGUAAUUUCCCGAUAACCCGCGACGUACGUUAGAUGUUAGCGCGAAAACCAUAACAAUAAAAUAUGGCAAUAAUCUAUUUUAUUUUGUACGUAUUUAUCGUUCAAUUGUAGAAGGCUCCCCAACAACAACUUACAGGAACUUCCAGACGGAUUGUUUUCAGAUCAGACAGACUCAGAACGACAUGUACAAAGGAUUGAUCUUGCUAACAAUCAAAUUCGAAAGGUAUCUCCAUCAACUUUCAAAGGUUUAAAGGAAGGCAUGUAUUUAUUAUUAGCUGCAAACAAGCUGAAUGAUGAGUCACUACCAAAUGAUUUAUUGGUCAACUUUACGCUUAAUACUUUGAUUGAUCUAUCAAUGAAUGAGCUGACAAAAUUUCCAGGAGAACUUCUACGAACACAAAACCAGCUCGUGCACCUUUACCUCCAACGCAACCACAUCACUGCUCUAGACGAAACCAUGUUCAAAGGACUUCACUCUCUUGCUUCACUAUACAUCUAUCAAAAUCCGAUAAUACAGAUGGCAGACUUUCAGUUUUUUGAGACAACCCUAGAAUUUCUUCUUAUGUUUCAGUGUGAUUUAUCAGAAGUUGGAAUGAGACCGUUUGCUACGAAAGGAGACACCAUAAAGCAAAUAUUACUCCACGGAAAUCCAAUUGAACAUAUUUCCGACACCGUAUGGCGUGAUUUGAGACAUGACUGUUACGUAUCUGUUGAUAACAGUCUUCAAGAAGCACCACAAACGAAUCGGACAGACAUUACAAUUGAAUUAGUCGGAGACGACUUUAUACGUCCAUUCGACAUGCUGUAUGUAGGAAACCGUGGCUUUUCGUCAUCGGGUUUUGUGUGCCAAGAAACUUCACAAACCGAGCGUAAAUGCAGGCCCUGUCAUCAGGGAACUUUCGGAUCGCAGUCAGGCUGUAGCCCAUGUCCGCCAGGUGGGUUUUACCAAAGCAAAACUGGUCAGUAUUCGAAUGGCGAUUUGAACUGUGAAACAUGCAAUAAAGGAACUUACGUCUCGCCUGAAGCUUCACCUGGCACGAGAGCUGCUGAUUGCAAGGUGUGUCCAACAGGGACAGAUAAAAGUACCGCUGCAGGGUUCCGGGCUUGUCCGUGUGUGGACAACUAUUACCGCACUGAUCGGUUUGGCGAAUGUCAUCAGUGUCCCCACGAAGGGAUCGACUGCUCCGGGGAAUAUCAACAUCUUCGUCCGGGCUACUGGUGGACGUGGAACUGGAGCUCACAAGAAGACCAAAUCUCGCAGGAAAACCACGAUUCCUAUAUGAAUUUUGUCAGCAAUAUAGGCAUUAUGAACGACUCGUAUGACAGAAGCACGCAGAGAUUUAGCGGGAAGUUACCAAAGGUACACAAAUGUCCACGCGACGACGUGUGUCCAAAUGGUGGAUUUGGUAUCGACUCAACUUGCAGUGAAGGUUACAAGGGCUGGCUGUGUUCUGAAUGUGCAAACAAGUAUUACUCUUGGCUUGGUCAUUGUUUGGAAUGUCCAGAGUGGCCGUUAUUUGCUGUAGAAGUUUUCUGCAUCUUGCUUGUUGUCUGCCUCAUAGUCUGUUUCUUUGUGUGGGAUGCAUAUAGAAGGCAUCGUCGGAAUGAACGAAAUAUCGUGAGCGUCUUCUUAGCACGCGGGAAAAUCGUAGUUGGUUUUUGCCAGGUCAUGGGGGAAAUAUUCUCUGCUCUAGAUGACAUUCCUUGGCCAAAGAAUUUGCAGACAUUGGGCUCAGUCUUUAAGACAGUGGAGGUCAGCUUAGUUGGCUGGUUGAUUAGUCCUCGAUGCUUUAUUCCGGAUUUCACCUACCACAAUAUUUACAUUGAAUUCUUGGUCGGUUUCAGCUUCAUCAUAUUUGUUGUUCUGGUUGCUUUUUGUUACUAUGUAUUCAGAAAAUAUUACAUAAGAGACGCGCAAGGGUUGCCUGCGCACUGCAAAAAUGAUCUCAGUAAAAGUAAACGAAGAUGUUUCCUUAUUGUCGUCAUUUUGCUCUUUCUGUCGUACCCAAGCGUAUGCAGCGUUGUUAUUACUCUGUUGCCGACUGGGUGUAAGCUGUUUUACAUGGAUGAGGAUAAAGAACUCAACAUCACCUUGCUGAGGUAUGAUUACGCAAUAGACUGUGAGAGCCCAGAACACAAUGUUUACAACUAUGCCGCCCAAACAGCUGUGGUGUACGUUGUGGGUUUCCCGCUCGGAUUGUUCAUUCUUCUGUGGUAUAGUAAAAGAAAGACCACCAAUGGAGAAGAUCAAGCAUCCGUUUCGAGUCAGGGUUCAGAUCAAGUGUUGCCCGGUACCUCCAAUGAUGGGAUAGAGGAUACAGAAACACCCGUGUCGAGUCAAAAUUCGGGUCAAGUACUGCUUGUUGUCACCCAUGAUAAGACAGAUGACUUUAAUAACCUUGUCACAGAGUCAGGUGCGCACGUAUUUCAUGACACCUCAGAGCCAGAUGCGAAAAUUAGCUGGCAGAGUUUUCUGUGUGAAAACUACAAAGCCGAGUUCUGGUACUGGGAGAUCAUUGAACUUACCCGUAAGAUCCUGCAGACGCUCUUCAUACUGCUGUUCGGACCCGAGGACCACUUCACACUCUUCAUGUCUGUCUUCUUGUCUGUCUUCUUUCUGCUCAUCCACGCCUACCUGAAACCAAUGAAGGAUGCAGCUGAACAGCGGCUUCAGAUGUGCUCGCUUGGUAUCAUCUUCAUAAACAUGCUGGCGGCGUCCUUGCUCCUCAUGCCAAAUGACGAUGGGCCAAUUGUAGAUGAUAGAAAGGGAACUCUUUCAACUGCGUUAGUUCUUCUUAAUCUCAGCAUUAUUGUUUUCGUUGCAAUAAGCUCCGUCUGGACUGGCAUCAAGACUCUUUCGAGACAUGGAUGCUUUGCUUGUAUAAGAAAUUCAUCGGUGCAGAUGUAUAGAUGGUGCCGAAGACGCUACAAGAGAGAGCAAGAUGGCUAUCUGGACGACCAACACUUUUCACUUUUUGACGAACAGGACGAGCAGACCAAUGAAGGCCAAGACGCUUCAUCAGUGGUUCCAGUAACUAAUUAACUAUUCUUGGCCUGACAGUGAAGUUAGAAGCUAAAAUUAAUAUAAAUUUAGAUGCUAGGCUGCCGGACCAGUUUAUUGGGUAGUGAAUAACACUGUAAUAUAUUGCUAUAUUUGGUUAGUUGUUUCAUAAGAAGGCUAAUGCAAGAUCUUAAACAAAAAUCAAAGCUAAAUGGAUGUUUUGUUCGAGGCUGAUGAUUUAAUAGGGCAAGUCGUAUUUUGUAUUAAAAACCAAGUUUGGAUUAGAUUUUUGUUCAGACACUUUGUAUGGUAUUUAGGGGCGUUUAUUUUUUUGCCAUACUUUGUAGUUGCCCUUUUUUGGCAAUCUAAAAGUACAACGGACAUGCUUUCUUUCAAACUCAGAGAAGGCAAAACCUUCUAUCAUCGCUAUAACGGAAUGAUAACUAUUUCAAACUCCCUCAACUCUUGACACGUAAUUCAUGUUAUUCAAAAUAUUUAAAAUGUAUACCCAAUUCAAUUUAAAAACACUGGACACUUAUGGUAACUGUAGAGA